CCACACAGUUAGAAUUUAACUUCUGUGCUGUGAUCCCAAACUCUUACAAUCUCAGUGUGGAACCCAUCUCUCUCAUCUGGCAGACUUGACAGGGGCUCUCAGAGCGGGCAGGGUUUCAAGGGGAAAUGGCUGGUUUCCUCUCAGACCUGGUUCAAUACCGGAGGCUGCUGCUGAUGAUUGUGGUGCUGGGAAUUGGUGGAACCCACCUCUCUGGUUUCCAAAUGUCUGUCAUCAAUUACACUUCUCCGUACAUUCAGAAGUUUAUCAAUGAAACUUGGCUGGAGCGAUACGGUUCUGUGCUGCCUCAGGAGACGCUGAUGCUGCUGUGGUCCCUCGUCGUGUCUGUGUACUGCAUGGGUGGCAUGAUAGGGUGUCUGUGGAGUGGCUACCUGACUGCAAAAUUUGGAAAGAAGAAAAGCCUGCUGCUCAACGACGUGGUGCUGAUAACAGCAGCCCUGCUCACGGCCUCCAGCAGGAGAGCCAAGGCCUUUGAGAUGAUCCUGGCUGGGCGCUUCCUCGAGGGCAUGGCUGCUGGAAUACAUAUGAAUGCCCAUGUUCAGUAUGCUGGAGAGAUCUCACCUAAGAAGCUGCGUGGACUUAUAAACGUGACCUCCACAGUGUUUCUUGCACUAGGAAAAACUGUAGCACGAAUUCUUGGAUUAAGAGAACUUUUAGGAACUGAAGACAUGUGGAAUGUGCUAUUGUCCUUCUCUGGGCUGGUGGCAUUGAUUCAACUGAUCUUUUUGCCAUUCUUUCCUGAGUCCCCGCCCUAUCUCUUGCUGCAAAAAGAAGACAAAGCUGGUUGCUUGAAAGCCAUGAAGCAACUCUGGGGAGAAGGGAAUUAUCACACAGAAUUUGAUGACUUGAUGAAGGAAAAGGCUAUAACAAAAGGCACCAAAAUCAUGAAUGUCCUAGAGGUGCUGAGAGAACGAUCUGUGCACCCACAACUGGGUACCAUGCUCCUCCUUUUGCUGAGCCUGCAGCUCUGUGGCCUGAGUGCAAUCACCUUUUACACCUCAGAAAUUUUUGAAACAGCCAACCUCCAGGAAAGCAUAAUCCCAUAUGUAUCUCUAGGAGUUUCAAUCUCUGAACUCAUCUCUAUCAUAUUCUGUAGCUCCAUAAUUGAUCGGUUUGGACGCCGAUUGCUCCUGUGUGGGGGUUAUUUGCUGAUGGCACUGAUCCUGGUGUUGCUUGAAACGAGCCUCCUGCUGAGUGAUCAGUUCCUCUGGCUGCGGUACUGCAGUGUUAUUCUCAUCUUUCUGUUCAUCAUUGCUUAUGGACUAGGACCGGCUGGAGCUGUUGUGGCUGUCAUGAACGAAAUCUUCACCCUGUCAACAAGGGCCUCUGCUUUUGUAAUUGGUGGAAUCGUCAUUUGGCUGGGCCUCACCUUCACUGGAAUGGUUUUCCCCUUUGCUGUAAUGCUUCUUGGUCCUUUUUGCUUCCUCAUCUUUGUUGUUGUCCUGGUCAUUUCAGUGGUUCUUAUCUACCUGUUCCUCCCAGAAACAAAAGGGAAGUCAACCUCUGAAAUCACAGAAAAAUUCAAAAGCUGCCGGUUUAAGAGGAAACGUCAUCAGGCUGUGGAGAUGUAUGCUGCUGAAGAAAAAACGUUUUGCACCAAGCUCUGAUAUGCCACCAUAAGUAAUUUCCACUGUUCUGGCAUA